GCCAUUUUGAGUGGGCAGCAGGAUCGCCAUUAUCCCACCACCUCCUCAACGACACACAACCGAGACGCCCUGGCCACAGCGCAACCCCAGCCGGCCGCGACCAUCACCAGACACACCACACCCGACGACGGCAGCCCCGACGAGCCCUUCCCCGGAGCGCUCAAUCCAGCCAGCCGACCAUGAACCGACCAGGACCCCAGAACAUGCGAGGGAUGCCGGCAGGCUUCGGUGCCCAACAGCAGCAAGCGGCGCAACAGUCUGCGCGGACAGUGAACAACAGAUUACCGAACGGCAAAAUGACCAACAACGGUAGCAACAACAGCGCAGGUGGCGCUGGUUGGGCCUUCGGUGUCGGUAUGCCGAUGGGUGGAAACGUCACCGCAGCUCAGAACGCGGCACGGCAACUGGGUGGCAGCCUAAGCUUCGCUCAGAGCUUGAGCGGCUCGCAGCCAGCCGCGCCUCUGGAUCUCUCGGAUUUCCCAUCUUUGUCGAGCAAUGCGCAACAUCCCAGCGCGAGUCAACCAUCAAUGUGGUCAGCAAGCGGCGUGAGAAAUAUGCCAGCAGUGCAACGGAAUCAGCCCACGCCGAUAUCCUCGCAGCAGGGAGGUUUCAACAACCAGGGGACGGCGACACCAACAGGGUCAAGAACAGGGAAUGGACUGCUCAACGCGUUAAACUCCAACAACAGGCCAGAUCCUCGUUCCCCGGACAACAACUCCACGUCUGAUAAUUCAAGGCCAUCAGACGCGAGGAGCGUACGUGCUAAUGAUGAGCCUCGGUCAAAGCCCCCGGGAUUCCGUGACGAAAAUCUGCCCUCGCAUUCUUCCCCACAAGACUCCCCAGCGGACAACCGACAUCCCUUGGGCGCAAUCGGCUCUGUGGACCCCUUGGCCGUCAAGGAGCAAGAUGACUCGUCCUUCCCAACCCAACCAGGCCCAGACCCUCUGAGUGGAAUGACUGAGAUCGACAAAUGGGGCAUCAAAGGACUGCGGACUCUGAUGCAUAACUUCCCGGACUACAGUUCGCUGGUCACUGGGAUGGAUCCCCAAACAUUUGGGCUGGAUCUUGCGACACCUGCUCCUAUCUCAUCACAAAUCUACUCGCUAUGGAACGAUGCCCCGCCACGGCCACCGAUUCCUGAUCAUCGCCUGCCUGAGUGCUACAAAGUCAACAACGUCCAGCCAUUGCAAGCCAAGAUCAGCAGCUUCAACGAAGAGACCUUGAUGUGGAUCUUCUACAGCUGCCCCGGCGAUGUUUCGCAGCAGCAAGCCGCGCAAGAACUGAACAACCGGAACUGGCGCUGGCAUAAGAAACUAAAGAUUUGGCUCACCAAGGACGAUAUUAUGCAGCCUCGGCAGCUUAGCGGUCUGCACGAGGAAGGCUACUAUAUCAUCUGGAAUACCAAGGAAUGGCGCAAGGAACGGCGCACUCUUGUACUAUACUACGAGGAUUUGGAGACACUGAGCCAGAACCCUGUAUGAGCUUUCAACGAUGACGCCUCCAUGAGUGGAUGCGAGGCAACAAUGCGGUCUCCUCGACGAGACCUGUGCGGCGAUCUCAAGAUUACGGCGUCGUGGCAUUGGCCAACAUGGCACCUCUUGCGCUGGUUGCCGGUAGGAGGAGAGUGUUUGAUGGUGGGCAGUGUCUUGACGGCCCAAAGUUAUUUCGCAGGCCACAAGGCUGAUAGCGCGUGUUCGCACGCGAUGUCCUCCCUUUGGCCAUUACAGGAAUGUCAUAUCAUUCUGUGCUGCG